CUCCCCCCCGCCCCAGCUCUCCCACAGGGCCCGGGACAUUUUCAGCAGGUUCCUGUGCAGCAAGGCCACCACGCCCGUCAACAUCGACAGCCAGGCCCAGCUGGCCGACGACACGCUCAGCGCCCCGCACCCCGACAUGUUCAAGGAGCAGCAGCUGCAGAUCUUCAACCUGAUGAAGUUCGACAGCUACGCCCGCUUCCUCAAGUCCCCGCUCUACCAGGAGUGCGUCCUGGCCGAGGUGGAGGGCCGCCCCCUCCCCGACGCGCAGCAGGCGCCCGGCAGCCCGGCCUCCAAGCGCAGCGCGGGCUCGGACCAGUCCAGCGUGUCCACGCCCAAGAAGCUGAGCGGGAAGUCGAGGUCGGGGCGCUCCCUGAACGAAGACCCGGGCGACGAGGACGGCGACAGGCGGCGCAGGGGGCCCUUUUUCUCCUGGUCCCGCACGAGGAGCACUGGCCGCUCCCAGAAGAAGAAGGGCCACGGCGACCCGGCCAAGGGUGGCGGCGGCGGGCGGCAGCUGGCCCUGAGCUGCGUCCCCUGCCCACAGCCGCUGGUGCUGCACCAGGACAGCAGCGUCCUGGAGUCUCGGGACCUGCGCCUGGAGAAGCGGACUCUGUUCCGGCUGGACCUCGUCCCGAUUAACCGGUCAGUGGGGCUCAAGGCCAAGCCCACCAAGCCGGUCACGGAGGUGCUGCGGCCCGUGGUGGCCAAGUACGGCCUGCACCUGAAUGAGCUGGUGGCCCGGCUGAGUGGCGAGAAGGAGCCCCUGGACCUUGGUGCUCCCAUAGCGAGUCUGGAUGGACAGCGGGUCAUCCUGGAGGAGAGAGACCCCUCCCGAGGAAAAGAUAAGCAGAAGAGCGCCACCGGCAAGCAGAGUGCCCUGUCCGGUGCUGGCCCCAGAGCCCACGCGGCUGCGGGAGAGGAGAGGACACUAGGCAAGUCUAAUUCUAUUAAAAUAAAAGGAGAAAACGGAAAGCACGCUAGGGAGCCCCGGCUUUCAAAGAGAGAAGACUCUAUUGCAAAGAUUGGGGGAAAAAAGUAUCAGAAAAUUAAUUUGGACGAAGCAGAGGGUAUGUGUGCUUUUUACAACUUCCAUGUUCUGGGCCCCUUCCGGAUGCCCACGCCCCGGGCGGCGGGGGGCUGGGGCCGGCCCGGCAGAGUUGGGGGCAUGGCUUGGAGUGCUCAGGCGCUGCCCCUUUUCACGCCCUCCAAUGGUGGGGUGCUCUGGGGUGCCUUGGUGUUUCUGGAAGUUGUCCACGACUGGGAGAGGUGCCGGGGUGGCGGCAGCCCCAGGCGCCUGCGGGGCCACAGCGUCCAGGGUGGGGACACGAGUGACCGUCUCUCUCCUCCUGUGACAGGCGGCGGGGCCCGUGGCAGCCGAGGCCUCCCGGCCAACGCCAUCAUCGACGUGGACUGCGUCGCUGGCUCUGCGCCAGGGCCGGGGGUGUGGACAGGACCCUGGAGGGCACGGGCCAGCAGGCCUCCCCCGUCGGAGCCCCCCGGCCUUAGCCCCAGUGCGGCCAGGCCCAGCAAGCCCACGGCCAGCCAGCACCACGCGACUUUCGUCUGAGGCCGGUCACUGCCCUGCUGACCCCAUGUCCCGCCACGCUGCCCGGACACGAGUGGAGGCCAGGACCCCAGGGGUGGCCAGGGCCUGCCCAGGCCUCAGAGGGGCCACCCGCCCGCCGCCCUCGGGAAGAACGCAGCGUGGACAGCGGUCGCCGGACGCCCGCCCUGCCCGCCCUCGGCCAGCAGCCCUCAA